GGUGCCUCCCCCGUCAAACAGCCGUGGCCCCGGAUGACCUCUUCGUAUCUCAUCCAGUGCUCGCAGCCUGUAGAUGACCACACAACUGUGAUGAUGCGCAGCAGCUGAUGUCACCGUCCAGUGGAUCCUCUGGCUCAAGGAAAGACACGAUCCUGCAGGAAUGGCUGAUACAUCUCUGGGAUGAUCGGACGCCGUCUCCAAGCUUCACUCUGUCUUCCCCCCGCAGUAGAAAGGGGGGGGGGAUAACAUAUCGGUCGAUGAAGUGAAGAGUCACCAUGGAAACUUCAGACUGCUUCAGGACACGAGCUGAGAAACCAAUUACAAAACAACGCCAUGCCCCUAGAAGUUUUCAUCAGCGAAGGAGUAAAGAGUUGUAGAAUCAACGCCAGUAAAUUAAGCGGACGUGUAAACGAUGAGAGCUGGAGCUCACGAUCACAAUCAUCUGAGGACAACUGGAGAGAUAACAUCAGCCUCUGCUCUCAGGUGGAGAACCAGAGUCAUGUGCCCGUGGACACCAGCACCGUGAAGCUGCCUGCUAAACUCAUUCUGGGGAUGGGUGUAGAUAACUUCAUCUCCCUGCUCAUAUUCGGAUUGAUUUUCAUCCUGGGUGCGCUCGGGAACGCGAUGGUGAUCACGGUGCUGGCGCGCAGCAAACCGGGUCAACCGAGGAACACGACCAACAUCUUCAUCCUGAACCUGAGCGUGGCGGACCUGUCCUACCUGCUCUGCUGCGUCCCCUUCCAGUCCACCAUCUACAUGCUGCCCACAUGGGUGCUGGGCGCCUUCAUCUGCAAGUUCAUCCACUACUUCUUCACCGUGUCCAUGCUGGUCAGCAUCUUCACCCUGUCGGCGAUGUCCGUGGACCGCUACGUGGCCAUCGUGCACGCCAGGAAGUCCUCGUCGAUCCGGGUGGCGCGCCACGCCAUGCUCGGGGUGGUGUUGAUCUGGACCCUGUCCCUGGUGAUGGCGGCUCCCGUGGCGCACUACCAGAGCAUCGUGGAGAGGGAGGACAACACCACGUUCUGCUGGGAGGUCUGGCCCGACCACCAGAGGAAAGUCUACGUGGUGUGCACCUUUGUUUUCGGAUACCUCCUGCCGCUCUGCCUCAUAUCUGUCUGCUACGCAAAGGUUUUAAAAUAUCUGCACAAAAAGCUGAGAAACGUCUCCAAGAAAUCAGAGCUCUCCAAAAAGAAGACGGCACAGACAGUCCUGGUGGUGGUGGUGGUCUUCUGUCUGUCCUGGCUGCCCCACCACAUCGUGCACCUGUGGGUGGAGUUCGGCUCUUUCCCCCUGAACCAGGCGUCCUUCCUGUUCAGGAUGGUGGCCCACUGCCUGGCCUACAGCAACUCCUCAGUCAACCCCAUCAUCUACGCCUUCCUGUCGGAGAACUUCAGGAACUCCUACAAGCAGGUGUUCCGGUGCCGUGCGCCCAGCGAGUGUCCCCUGAACGACACCAGGGACCUGCGCAGGAUGGAGCCGCCGCUGUCCACGAACGUCAGCGUGGCUUACAAAGGUCACGACUCUCAGAUCAGUAAAAUGCUUUGAUGACGUCCAUAAAGAUGCUGAGAGCAGCUCCUGUGGUUUUUAUAGAGUCUGACGGUUUUUGUGAGGCUGCUGACGAGUAUCCAUAAUAGAAAUACGUUAACAGGUAUUCUGUUUGCCACUUCCUUUUGUUUUUCCAUCGUGCCACCACCAAGAGGUUUGGUUUUGUUGCAGGACAAGAGUUUAUUGUUUUCAGGUAGCAGGGACAGACUGUAAACAAAGAUGGACGACAUGUCUCCACUUCGUCCUGUGGCACCAAAAUGAAGCUAAAAUAUCCCACAUACAGGCAUCGUAUCAUUAAUAACAAAUUUACUGGAAAACUGAACAGCGUGAUAAGAAAUACAUAAAAUGACCGAACCCACCUUUGACCUUUAAGUUUGGUCUGUGUCCCAUACACUAACAUGGAGGAGGCCGAUACCACGGCCAGCCACCAGGGGGUGAUCAAGAUGAUUUGGCUUCAUUUUUGUUAUGUCGACCAUCUUUAUUUACAGUCUGCAGGCGUGAACUUUAAUUUCAAAUUUAAGGCAUGAAAAUACCAAAAUGUAAUGAAAGGCUGUAUUAUAUCAAAGAUCUGUUACAGAUAAUGUGAAUAAAGACAGAACACAAUCAUCUGUCUCCUGCAGUGAAGUUCAACUCUCCUAUAAUCUUAUAAAACUUUAUUUUCAAGCUUCUUGUUGACACAAAUGAGCAAAGACUGUGGUGUUUCCACCAAAUCCUUCGUCUGUAAUGAUUCAGUUUCUUUUUGUUAAACGAGAAAAGACGGAUUCAAGUGCAUUACAUUUCACAACCUUUCAUUCAGGCCUAUUCAUCAUGACUCUGACAAAUACAACUGGCUCUUUUCCCAUAGAGUCGCCUCAGCCCCGAUAGGCCGGGUUAUUAUGUACAUACAUUAGAUUUAUACCACAGAACAGCAGCUGCAUGUACAUUAGAGUAAAUAGUACAGCAUGUAAAUGUCAGACAACUGUUCUGUCCUCGAAGACUAAACGCUGAAGGAUAAAUAAAGACCCUCGCUGGUUCACACCUGAGCUUCCACAGAAUGUUCACAGCAGAAUAAACAGUGAGAGUCUCAAUCUUUAUUUUCCUGUCUGUUGUUCCCUGUUAGAGUCAGUGUCAUAAGAGAAGCAAAGUGAGAAAAUUAUACAACUUCUUCAACUUUAAAACUACAGCUUGAUUACAAUGAGUUUGCUGGUGGACUUGCAAUAUGGAUCCUGGAUAUUUUGGCUUCAUUUCUGGAUAGCGGGAAGAAGUGGAGCUCCGACGUUGGUCUUUUUUAACAGUCUCAGUUUCUUUGAUUGAAAACAAAUAAAUUGUUUGAAUACCGAGCCCAACAGAAUUGAAACCCCACGUGUGGCUGCAGAGGGCGCUGUUGCUCAGUAAACUCAGCUACACAGUGGUGCUUUAAAACGAGGCCAUUUGUAGGGUUUGUCCAGUUUCUCAUUAUUUUAACCCACAUGCAGACCAAUGCAUCAGUUUUACU